AUGCGCCUUCCGCUCACGCUCAUUCUUGUGCUCCUUGCCUUUGAUUCGGCUUUCGCUUCCCCCGCGAAACGACACUACUCUACCCAUGACUACUAUGUGCUUGAACACACUCCUCUCGCGGGUGCUUCGCUGGCCGACUGCGCGAGAGCGCUUGGCGUCGAGGUCGUAGAACAGGCAGGCGAGCUCCGCAACCACUGGCUGGUUCGCACACCAAAGCCGACGUCAAAUCUAAGGAAACGGAGGGCAGAUCCGGUUCUCGAAGCUUUCCGGGAUCUGCGCACGCGGGCACAGUCUUCGCAUCUAGCGGCGCGAGAAGAGGAUGCACUGCAUAGUCGGCGAAUCGUCUCCUCCGUCAAGCACAUCUCUCCGCAGGUGCUCCGCCAGCGCGUCAAGCGCGCACCACCUCCAAUACGCCCGCCUGACGAGGAGCAGGAUAUCGAGAGUUCUGCUGUGAUUGCAGCGCGUAUGGGCAUUACGGAUCCCGAAUUCGGCAGACAGUGGCAUCUCAUUAACGAUGCGCAUCCGCACCAUAUGAUGAAUGUAACGGGAUUGUGGGACAUGGGGUAUACUGGCACUGGUGUGAUCACCGCCUUGGUGGACGAUGGGUUGGACUACACAAGCGAGGAUCUUGCAGCCAACUUCUACGCUGCCGGCUCCUAUGAUUUCAAUGACCACGAAGAUUUGCCGACGCCGAAACUUUUCGAUGACCAUCACGGCACUCGUUGUGCAGGGCAGAUCGCUGCGGUGAAGAAUGACGUCUGCGGAGUUGGCAUCGCAUACGACUCGCAGGUCGCGGGUAUACGCAUCCUCUCUGGACCUAUAUCCGAUGUCGACGAGGCGUCCUCACUAAACUACGACUACCAGAACACUUCCAUUUACUCAUGCAGCUGGGGCCCGCCGGAUGACGGCAAGUCCAUGGAAGGCCCAGGAUACCUGAUCAAGAAAGCGAUCGUCAAUGGUGUGCAGAAUGGCCGGCAGGGCAAGGGAUCGGUCUUCGUGUUCGCAAGCGGGAACGGCGGCCGUAGUGCCGAUCAGUGCAAUUUUGACGGCUACACCAACAGCAUCUUCUCUGUCACUGUCGGUGCGAUUGAUUUCCGCGGACUGCACCCGGACUACUCGGAGGCAUGCGCGGCAAACAUGAUUGUAGCAUAUUCGUCCGGGAGCGGCAACCAGAUCACAACUACUGACCGAGGUCAAAACAAAUGCUCUCACUCGCAUGGCGGGACGUCUGCUGCUGCACCAAAUGCUGCGGGCGUCUUCGCGCUUGCUUUGCAAGCACGACCUGAUCUAACAUGGCGAGACAUUCAGCAUCUUUGCGUGAAGACUGCAACGAAGGUGAACCCUGAUGAUCCUGACUGGGAGACCACCGCAUCCGGCAAUCGCUUCAGCUACAAGUACGGAUACGGCGCUAUCAAUGGCGUCGAGUUUGUGAGAGCCGCUCAGACAUGGCAAGUUGUCAAACCGCAGGUCUUCCUCGAUCUUCCAACGAUGCAAGUCGCCAACGGGACGAUGGACCUUUUCCAGAGCACCAAUGGCGGGGAGCUGAUUGUCCCUGGAGGCGUUUCCAGCACGAUCAACGUGGACCAGUCUAUGCUUGAUGGCAGCAAUUUCGGCGCCCUCGAGCAUAUCACGAUCAAGGUGUGGAUCACGCACUCCAGGAGAGGAGACGUUGAGGUAGAGUUGGUCAGCCCAAACGGUGUCAAGAGCGUGCUUGCUGGGAGGCGUUUCGCGGAUGCGGCCAAGACUGGGUACCCUGGGUGGACAUUCAUGACUAUCAAGCAUUGGGAUGAGAAUCCUGUUGGUGCGUGGACAUUGACGGUGUUCGACCAGAACAAGGAGGACGAAUCGGGCAAUUUCCUCGGCUGGACGAUGACGCUAUGGGGAUCCGCACAAGAUGAGACACAGCCCAUCAAGGUGUACGAUGUCCCUGUCAUAGACGACAUCCUCCCACCUGUGGUCGAUGAAAGCACCGACAACUCAACGUCGACUAUUGCCACACCAUCACCCGCCAAGACCAUUCCGAAGCCCACGGCGCACCUCCCAGGCGACCACGGCGACUCUGAGGGCGAAGCGAGCAAGCCCGCGUUCUCGGGCAGCUCUGGCAGCCAGCAAGAUGGUACGAAGCCCGAGGACGACGCGGUCGAGGCAUCUGCGAGUGCAACAAGCACACCGACAGCCGAUGAGGGCUGGUUCUUCGGUCUCUCGAGGCUGCUUUCGAACCAGGUGUGGUUCUUUGUUGCGAUUGGUGCAGUUGUUAUCUUCGGCCUCUCCGCAGGCCUCUUCUUCUGGCGUCGCGCCGUGCGCAGGCGGCGAGCGAACUAUAGAAGCCUACCGGAGAGUGACGAUGUCGCAAUGCGCUCGAUCGGCCGCACGUCGGGCGGCGGGCAGCGAACGAAGGAACUGUACGAUGCAUUUGGUGAGGUGUCAGACGACGAGGAUGCGGAUGAGGAGACACACCUGCAUCCGCAGGGCCAUUCGCCCAGCGUCAAUCUGCACUCGGGUUUCUUGGAUGACGAGCCAUCGACUGGAGGAAUGACGCCUGCUCAUUAUCGAGAUGUGCCAGAGAAUGUGACUCUGAAGGAGAAGCCAGCACUGGAGCAUUCGCAAGAGCGGUCGGACAGCCGUGCGAGUGGAAGUGGAAGCACGAGCGCGGACGGAAGCUGGGAGCAUGCGUCAGAGACGAGAUAG